CAAAGCCAAAUGUUUUUUAUAUUUGCAAAUAAAUGCAAACGACAAAAUAGGCAUCAAAUAAUGAAUAAUUUGUGAAAAAUCGCGAGAAAACAGUGAUAUUAUGUACAACGAUUAUAUGCAGUGGUUUUGUGUGUAUAUAUGUGCGAAAGUUGAAGUGUUGUUAUUGUUUUUACUGAACAAAACUUACAGACGGCACAUAAGGAAGCCGCAGACAAAUUGUGUUUUACCGACGGCAAAUGAAAAAUCAAGUUAAGGAAGUUUCUGAAACUCAAACAACUUACUACUAUACAAACUACAAGCUAAGAACUUAUCUCUAAAGCGAAAAACAUGUUGAAACAUCCUCCUCCCUCAGGCCAUUGCCGGCUCUGUGUAAAAAACUGUAAUGAUCACCAUCGCAGCCUCUAUGAUGAGACAGGUCAAGCUAAUGCGAACCAUGAUCUUGUAGGCAAAUAUUUUACUAACGCAAUGUUGAAUAUGGAAUGGGAGGGACACCUUCAUUAUGUCUGCGGGAAAUGUUGGCAGUAUAUCUGGGAGUUCCAUCAAUUCCAGCAAUCGGUUAUUGAGGCGCAGAAAGUAGCGACAAAAGAAUUUGAACAAGUUGUUAAGGUGAAAUCUGAACAGGAGUGGCAUAAUGACCAGGAUUUUUUUAGUACUGAGGAUUUAAUAAAAUCUGUGGAAGAACAAUUGGAUUUGCAUAAUGACCAGGAAUUUGUUAACUCUGAAGAUUUAAUGAAAUCUACGGAAGAACAACUCGAAUGGCAUAAUGUCCAGGAAUUUAUCGCUAGUUAUGAAGAUUUAGUGAAAUCUGCAGAAAAACAAUCGAAGCUGCAAAAUGUCCAGGAAUUUGCUAACACUGGAGAUUUAACGAAAGCUACCCCACUUACCUUUGUUAUAAAAUCUGAAGAUCCUUUGGACCUCAACAAUGAUUAUGAAGAGAUGUCGCUUCAGGAUGGCCACCACCAGUUAGCGGAUGAAGAAAUGGCUCAUAUGGCCAGUAGCAAAGAAAAUACAUCCUUGAGGCAAGACGAUGCAUACAAUGACGAUUAUAGUUCGAAUAAUGAAAUUCCCUCAUCAUCUUUGGAUCAAACCAACCUUUGCUCUUCAGAGGAAUUUGACGAGUUGGUAGCUUUAUGGCGAACCUCCUUAAGGUGUGAAAUUUGCCAUCAGCUAGUGGCCAGCUAUUCUCAGUUGGAGGAACAUUUUAAAAAACAACAUGCCUCAGUGGUUUGUUAUCUCAUGUGUUGCCAAAUGAAACUGGAAUAUCGUUACGAUAUUGAGCAACACAUACACUAUCAUAAUGCCCCGAAGCAUCUCCGAUGUGAGACCUGUUGCAAAUCUUACCGUUUUGUGGAAUAUUUGAGAAAUCACAUAAGAAAGGUCCACACCCGCGAGGGAAAUGAUAAAAAUGCUAAAGACAGCGAAACGCUGGAAGGGAAUUAUCAUUGCGACAAGUGUCCGAAGACCUUUGCAAAGAAUAGCAAUUUGAGAAAACACAGUAUUGUCCAUAAACCCACGACUCUUGAAUGUAACAUUUGUGGAAAAUCCUUUAGCAGUAAGAGUGUAAUGCGCGAGCAUUUGGCUAGACACAUGGGCGAAAAGAAACAUGGCUGCUCGUUUUGUCCCAAGGCAUUUACCAGGCGAUCUUAUAUUGGUCGACACAUGAGAGCAUCUCAUCCCCAGGAAUGGAAGAAGAUGCAAAACGAGGCGGAACGAGUUGAAAAGGCUUUGCCACCUUUUAAAGAUAAUCAAAUGAUCCUGGAUUCGUUGAAGCUCUCGGAAAUCAUGUUCAUGUACACAUGUCCAGUUUGCUGCAGGUUAUACGAGACGAAACGGCUCCUUCACUUCCACAUAAGACGCAUGCACCAAAAUAGGCCCGCAAACAUCAACUUGCAAGCUCUAAACAGUUUUUGCUCUUUAAAUAAGUUUUUGCUCUUUAACUAUUUAAUUGAGCGCACUUCCAAGGGAGCAUUCCGAUGCAAAGUAUGUUUCAAGGAAUGCGAAAGCACAAAUUCCCUAUCCAACCACAUUACCAGUGAGCAUCCCAAAAUAGCAAAACUCGAGCAAGAAUCAAUGGCGACAACAGAGGACCAUGGCGACGAAGAAGAAGACAUAGAAAACAUUCAACUGGAAGAUCAUAUCAUACGCAUGGAUUCUUUUAAACGCUACCUCACCGUCAUAUAUAAAUGCAAAUUAUGUCCUAAAUUAUAUGAGGAAAAGCGAACUAUGUUUGCCCAUUUGCGGCGCACACACAAGCAAAGUUUCUGCCAUGAUUCCAUUAUAACCAGAUUUCAAACGGAAGGGAAGGAGACUGAAGUUGCCUCCCGCACCAAAUUUAGAUGUGAUCUUUGUUCCACGGAAUAUGAAAAUCGAAGCUCCAUACUUUCCCAUGUCAGGAAGAUUCACAAGCGAACAACUCAAAAAUUAGAUGAGGCUACUGAUCCAACUUAUACAAAACUAUUAGCGCGUUUGAAUGUGGCUACCGUAGAAAUUGCACCCAAGACAAGUGAAAGGAAAGUAACACCAAUGCCGCCAAAUGCUUUAUACAAAUGCCCAUUUUGUCCUAAGCAAUAUAAAACGAAUAGCUCGCUUAAUGUUCACACAAGACGCAAUCACAAAAAUAAAACGCAACUACAGUAUCGGAACUUAUAUGAGCCCUCCCUUAAUGGUGGAUUCCGAUGCAAAAUAUGUUCCAAGCUCUUUAAAAAGAAAUAUUCACUAUACGGCCACAUUUGGCGUCUGCAUCCCCACAAGUUCAAAAAGGGCCCACAAGUGGUAGAGGAAACCCCUGCCACCACCAACACCACCAGUGUAUUGUAUAGAUGCAAAUUUUGUACUAAAACCUUUGACAAGAUCUUCUUCUUGAAUAUCCAUUUGCGGCGGACUCACAAUAAAGGUUCAAAACAUGAAUCCUUGUUCAUCAAAUAUCUGGUGGGUUCUGAAAAUCCCCCCCGUAUCCAGUAUAAAUGUAAACUUUGUUUCAAGGAGUAUGACAAUCGUUACUCCAUCUACAGUCAUGUCAGAAUGAUUCAUAAUCAAGACACACUCUACAACAAGAUUGUAGUGACGAAGACAACUGAUGAAACCAACACAGGGGCAGAUAAUGUUGCUUUAAAUAAAGAAGAAGAAACGGUGGAUUCAUUGAUGUCCCCUGUGGAGGGUAAAGAGUCGAAAGAUGCAAAUGCAACAAGCUCUGGUGUGAAGAUAGAAGAAUUUUCGCCUGAGUCAUAUACCUUGGGAAAUGAGAAAAUGGAAGUUAAUGAAAUGCCACCAGAAUUUGAAGAUGUUACAUGGGAAACUGAAGAAUUCAUAAAAUCCGAAAACGAAUUUAUUGACCUAUAAGCAGAGAGACCUCAACCCAUAGUUGGAGUAUUGAGAAAACAAAACAACCAAAAAUUUCAUAGUUUUAAUAAGCGCAAAACCUUUGCAAAUGACUUUUGUUAGUUUGAGAUAUUCAGAUAUAUGUUCUCUCACUAUAGCGUCAGAUGAUUUUGUGUUUAAGCCAGAGAAAUUCUGAAAUGAUAUAUGAAAUUUCAUCAAAUUGCACAAUAGGAUCGAUGGGUUGAUUUUGAUGGGUUUCAUUUUUAUACCCGCCAUGAUAGGAUAGGGAGUAUAUUCUUUUGUCAUUCUGUUUGCAACACAUCGAAAUAUCCAUUCUAAGAUGAUUUAACCAUGUCCGUGUGUCUGUCCUUCUGACCGUAACGCUACAGUCUUUAAAAAGUGAGAUAUUCAGUUGAAAAAAAAUCCUACCUACGCCCCUUCCCUGUAACAGCAUUUGCAAAAUCAAGUUGGUUUUUUGAAUUUUUUGGAUAUCAAUAAUGCGAUUUUAAAGCAAUACUCUAAGGGUACUUUUAUUACCCUUUGCCUUUGGGAAGGCUACUUUUAUUACCCUUUGCCUUUGGGAAGGCUACUUUUAUUACCCUUUCCCUAUGGAAGGGUACUUUUAUUACCUUUCCCCUAGGGGAAGGUUACUUUUAUUACCCUUUCCCUUGGGGAACGGUACUUUUAUUACCCUUUCCCUUGUGGAAGGGUACUUUUAUUACCCUUUCCCUUGGCCCCGACAUCGGACCUGGUCUUAGACCUAAAACAGCGCAUUCAUUACCCUUUUCGCUGAAAUUUGCUGUAUCAGGAAUCCCGACAUCUGUCUUGAAUAAGGUCCAGAUCAGGCUAUAUUUAGAUAUAGCUCCCAUAUAGACCGAUCUUCAGCUUUAAGUUCUAAAGACCAUAAAAGGCGUAUUUAUUAUCUGAUUUCGCUCAAAUUUGUAACGGUGAGCUGUUUUAAGGCAACCGACAUCUGGCCCAGAUAUGGUUCAUAUUGGACAAAUUUUCAAUAUAGCUACCAUAUAGAUCGAUCAACCAAUUUAGACCUUAACCAUAUAUACGGCGCAUUUAUUAUCCGAUUUGGGUGAAAUUUGAAAUUGUGAGUUGUAUUAAGUUUCCUGAAAUCCGAUCUGAAUACAGUCCAGAUCCGAUCAUAUUUAGAUAUAUCUCCUAUACAUAUAGACCGAUCUGCCGAUUUAGGGUCUUAAAAACAGCAUUUUUUAACCGAUUUCGCUGAAAUUUGGUACUGUCACUUGUAUAAAGC